AUGUAUUCCUUGCAACACCCGCAAAUCGAUGAGCGCUUUUUAGAUUCCGAAUCAACAGUUGAAGAAGUGGUCAAGUUGCUUGAAAACCUUCAAGUGCCGAAGGAUGACGAGGACGACGAGCAAGACAAUGUUGAAAAGGAUACUAAACCGUCGAUUGUAACAGAAGAAAACUUUAUAAUCACUGCCCGGACAAAUGCUUCCCCUGUUAUUUCCGCAACUAAAGAUACUGCUUCCAGAGAUAAAUCAAAGCCUAGAACUUUUAGCCGUCUAGAUCGAAGUAAAGAUCGAUUUCCGUUUAUGCGUCAGGUCGAAAUGGAUCUCGAUCAACGCUCUAAAGCCCGAUUAGAAAGAGAACGAGUGGCUCAAAACUUUCGAAAAUUGGGUAACGCUGAGUAUCGAAAGGGUAACUAUGAGUCCGCAAUGCAGAUGUACACCGAAGCCAUUGAAAAUAUCCGAGACAGUCAUAUCCUCUACAUAAAUCGCGCUCUCUGCUUCAUCAAGUCGGGCAAAUUCAAACGAGGUAUAGUCGAUUGCGAUUUCGUUCUGAACAAGUUGGAUGAGAAGAAUCUGAGGGCGUGGAUGUAUCGCGCCAUGGCCUACAAAGGCCUCAACGAUGAGUCCAAUUUUGAGAACUGUGUAAGAUAUGCGCGCAAAUUCAAUUCGAAGCAGAUGGAGUUCAUUGAUGAUUUCCUGGAAAAGUUAAAAUAAAAUUUGGCAAUUGGUGAUUAAUAAUUCGGGGUUUCUGGAUAUGGUCAAAGACCAGUUUGUCUUAAAACGAAAAUAGAACAUAUAACUUUGCUUUGAACAGCAAUUCAUAUAGUGUUUCAAAAGCAGUCUUGAUUCUUAAAAUGCCCAUCUUGUUUCUGACAAAAUUAUUAUCCCAACCUGAUUACACAGCUUACAUUAAGCUUUAGUCGAGAGCACCCUCGUCUGCGUUUUAAAACGCAACCCUAUCCGCAUCCCGCAAAGACUUCAAGUGUUGUUUACAUAUGACAGCAGGAGUAUCGUGUUUGGUGGCUCAACUCUUUCGAUUCCAUUCCGAUGCCAUUCAAUCGAAGUCAGGCACAAAGGGCACAUCCUCUGGCUCCCCAUCCGCCGCUGCAACCACCCUGGAUGAAGGCAAACAAUUCGAUGGCGGUAAUCAAUCUUCCUUCACUCUCUGCCAGCUGACAGCUCCGUGGUGUAGAGUCAAAUUGCGAUCUUUGUUUGUGCCGGGUCCGGGUUUCGGGCCAGGACAGCCAUCCGGAGACCGUACUGCGAGGAGCUGACACUCGGCAUUGGCAUGUCUGAACACUCAACAAAAUAUUGCAUUAAGGGAUUUCUUAUAAAUAAAAACAAAUAAAUAUUAUAAAUAAGUUAAAUUUCUCAUUUCACGGAAAU